AGCGUGAUGAUUUCGCAUCUGAGUAUUUCCGGUGGUUGGGCGUUUUGGCAUAGGUACAAGUGCCAGCAAAAACAACCCCUUCAGUUGAUGACAGACUAGAUGUUAAUAACCCGGCAAUGCGCGAGACUGCUAAGCUGCUUAUCAUCAAAAUGUACAUCUCUCAGCUCCAAGAGCUCGAACCAUGGGAGCAAAAUUCUCAAUAUUCCCCACCUACCCCGGGAUACUUCCGAAGCCCUUAUACUACACAGUCCAACUGUAGUUCCUCCCCAUAUAUCCUACUCAACGAUGGGCCCAACCCCGCAAGCCAACCUCAACCAAAUACUAUACCUCUGCUCCAGGAAUCUGAAUGGGAGGAAGACAAGAUCUAUGACGAGGAACCGCCAAGCUGUGUCCACUAUUUCAUAGAAUAGCGAGUCACCCUCAACAACAAGGCCGUGGUAAAGGACACGGAAGAAGACCUGGUAUUGGCCCCGAGCGACUACUGGCGGUUGUUCCUGGAAGAGAAGCUACAAACUGUCCUUCGAGAGAAAGUCUCCCGCAACAAGAGGGUCAGGGUCGAUGACACGGCGAUUGUUGUGUCAGUCAAUGACUGUUCCCAGCGUGAU